AUGUGCCUCCCAACGUCUCACCUAUUUAAUCAUCUUUCAUCACAUUGCUCAUUUGAACCACUCCUCGGUUUCAUCACCAUUUUCCUGAUUAUAGCUAUUGCACAGGCUCAGGCCAAAGACGCGGUGAAUGCAGCAAAACAUCCGCAAUUAACUGUUUUAAGCAAUUUCGGUGACCAUGAACAUCAACUCAAUUAUCCAGAAUUGAAGAUCACGGAUCAAAUGACAAGGGAAUUGCCAAGGCCCAUUUUUGGAGUUGGCACGAAGACACCAAUUAAUGGGAGAUCUUUGAAAUUCAAGAAUCUCACAGAGGUAUACAGAGUUCCCAGAGAAGAAGAUGAGGAUUUCCAGGGUGCUUUGAAGGAGGCCGCCUAUGAAGGACUUCGGGCUAUGUCAGAAUAUUACGACAAGAUUGAACCAGAGCUCCUUAGAAAUGGAUCAGUAUUAUCAGUGGAUGAUCCUGCUGCAUUUCUGUGGAGAUUUAGUGCUCCUCAAUCAGUAGAAGACCAUUCUCGAGGGGCUUACGCUGCCCUAGUUGCAGCCAAAAAAAUUCAAGAAAGGUGAGUUAUUUAUA